AGACGCUCCUGGAGCGUCGGCGGAACAGCCGCGCUUCUCGCUCUCGGGGACGAAGCCUUGAGCCGCCUGCGCCUCCCAUCCCGCGUCUGCCUUUGCUCCGUCGCCAUGAAGAACCUGCCGUACUUCUGCAGCGGAGAGGUGGUGCGAGGCUUCGGGCGGGGCUCCAAGGAGCUGGGUAUCCGCACAGCUAACUUUUCCGAAGAAGUGGUUGAUAGUUUCCCAUCUGAUCUCUCCACUGGCAUAUACUAUGGAUGGGGUUGUAUUGGAACUGGAGAUGUGCAUAAAGUGGUUUUGAGUAUAGGUUGGAAUCCGUAUUACAAGAAUGUUAAGAAAUCAGUGGAAACGCACAUCAUUCACACCUUCAACGAAGACUUUUAUGGGGAAGUACUCAGCAUAAUCAUUGUUGGUUAUAUAAGACCAGAGCAGAAUUUUGAUUCUUUAGAUGCACUUAUAGCUGCUAUUCAACAUGACAUUGAGGAAGCUAAAAAUCUUCUAGAUUUGCCAGAACACCAGAAAUUUAAAGACGACAACUUCUUUCACAGAGGAUGUGUUAACAGUAUGACUAACGGUCAUUAAAUAUUUCCCUUUUUAAAAUUUUCACUGCAGUUAUUUAAGCUGAACUGAUCUUCACAUGUUUCUUUUUAAUAGAGAAGACUGCUCUGCUAUUUAGGAUUGUUAUUCUGUUAGUAUUACAUUAAAAUGGUUAGUGAUUCUCUAACACCAUUUUUGUUCAUUUUUAAAAAAAGGGCAAUGCAACUUGACCAAUAGAAAGUGCAAUCUGUUAGUGCCAUCUAACUGCAGACAAAAGUUUGUUUUCUAAAUGUUUCUAAAUAUUUCUCAUGAUUGCUAUUUAAUUAAUAAUGCCCAUGCUGGAUAUUUUUGUAGUAAAAGAUUUCCAAUGGAAAAGGAGAAAUGGUAUCAGUAAUUUUACUGCCUGAAUUGUUGUCCUAGAGGCUUUUCAUUGUUCAUUUGAAACAUUACCUGGAUUUGUUUGAAGCCCUUUUAAAUCCCUUUAAAAAAGGUUUUAAGUCCUCUGUGAUUGAAUUAUGCUAUUAAUUUCAGUGGGAAUAAAAGCAUAAUUUAAUUUCUCCUGCCUUCAACUGAGAAUUCCUAGACAUUUAUAGAGCUUAUUUAUUUCAUUUUAUAGUACAGUAUAGAAUAUGGGAGCUGAAAUAAAAAGGCAAAGUAUCACUUUAUCAGCCUCAGUGGGGACAUGCAUGUCAAAUGACUCACAUUUUUCACUGCUCUGAGCUUGUCUCUAAAUGGCUGCAAAAUUGCCAUGAGUAUUUGGUAUUAAAUACACAUUUCAGUACAUAGGUGAAAUUGUAAAUAUGAAAUCAGCAAAUAAUGAAAUUAAACUGCACAUACAUGUAUUUGUGUCUGUAUACAUGACUUAUCAGCUGCUAAAAAUGUGUGUGUGUGUGUGUGCACGCAUACACACACACAUAUACACAGAUAUGUGUAUUAGGAUGUAACUAGCAUUCCUAACAUGUUUCUAUUGUUGCAGCUUUCAUAGCAUCUCUGUCAAUAUAGGGAUUUGCUUGGCCAAGGACAUUUAUAUGCUUGGAAAAACAAAAACACCAGAAGCUUAUUACCAAUUACGUUUUUUUUUCUGCUUAUAUUUUUCAUUUUGAUACAUGUUUUUAUGUAAAAUUCAACAUUUAAUUAAAUGUUAAUUGGAUUGAUAAAUAUUGUUGGAAAAUGGGAUGUGCAUUUAGUUGAAAAGUCUAGUCUGGAAAUAUGUACACUGUGUGUAUGGAGAAUGAAGUGGAGAAUUGUUGAUAGCACUUUGAAAAUUUUACAAAUGCACUAAUGGUUACAAGCUUCUAGGGAUUGUGUAGAACAUUUGAAUCUUACUUAUCUGUACAAAAAAGCUCACAUUGAAUAUAUGUGAACAAAUGCGUCAGGGGAAAGACCACCCCAAAUAUAUGUUCGCUGCAUGAGCAUCAUGAAUUAGAAGUCUUGUGUCUUUCAUUUAAGAGGCCCCAGAUUGUUCAUUUGCAAGGAAUCCCGAGUUCUUUUUUUCAUGGUUCAAAUUUUUAUUAUUUCAUGUAACAUUAACUUAUGUUAUCAUUAAACUUUAAAAACUUGGAUUCCUCUUAUUUUUAUCUUGGUAAAGUGCCCGUGUUUUCUCUGUUUACCCAAUCUGCAUAUGCAGUCCUUACAGUACCAAGGCUUUACAGAUAGUCCUCAAUUUAUGACCAGUUGUUUAGUUUGAUGUUAUAACGGCGCUGAAAAAAAUGACUUAAUUUGCUGUUCUUUGCACUGCGUUGCAGCUUCCGCAUAAUCAUGGGAUCAAAAUUUGGGUUCUUGCCCACCGGUUUGGAUUUGUAAUGGUUGCAAUGUUGUUUGUUCACAUGAUCACCAUUGCUUAAAUAUUUGCUUAAUGACUGCAGCAAAAAAGGUUGUAAAAUUUGGUCUGACUCACUUAAUCACCACAUCGCUUAACAACAAAAGUUCUGGUCCCAAAUGUCAUAAGUCGAGGACUACCUCGGCUGUGCAUAUUUCUUUGUAGCUUCAUACAAUCUAGGACUGCCACUCAUUUCAACUUGUGUGCCAAAGAAUAUCUUUCUCAGACUGGUGAUGGGGCUACCUAUAGGUAGUCCUCGACUUGCAACAGUUUAUUUAGUGACUGUUCAAAGGUACAGCAGCACU